AUGGGGCUGCUUGGCUCUUUCCAGCGCUGCUGCGUCUGUGGCCAGAGCGGGGCAACCAUCAUGUGCUGCCAGGAGGACUGCGAGAGAUGGUUCCACCUGCCCUGUGCCAAGGAGGGCGGCUGUGUCAAUCAGUACAUCACUCCAUACAGCUCUUACUGUCCCCAGCACCGUCCAGUGCAGGAGGUGCGGGCGACUCCAGAGCCGGGCACCGAUUGCCCCAUCUGCCUGGAGCCUGUGGAGGAUAGAAAGACCUUCAAUACCAUGGUGUGCCCAAAGUGCAAAAGAGCCUGGUUCCACAGGGACUGCAUCCAGGGACAGGCCAUGUGCGCUGGUCUUUUAUACUUCUGCUGUCCCCUGUGCAGAAACAUGGAGGACUUCUCUGUUGAAAUGAUGAUCAUGGGGAUCCGAAUCCCCUUCAGACAGCCAACAUGGGAGGACAACGACGCCUUUGCUUAUCUUGGAGAGAGGCACAGCACGUGCAAUGCCAGGGAAUGCCUUUACCCUGGAGGCAGGGAGGAGGCAGAACAAGAGGGAAUCCCAGGACAUCAGGCCCAGCUCCGGCACGCCGGUGCCAUCGGGGCUGGCUCCCCCGUCUCCAUCUCCAGAGACCAGCAGCCAAAACAGCCAGCAACAGCCAGCAUCACAGCAGUCACUGCCAUCUUCCUUGCUGGACACCAGCAGCCCCAGCAGAUCAAGGCCAACAUACAGCAGCUCCCCAGACCCUGA